GCAAGUGUGUUGAUGGCGUUCGAGUGUGUAGGUUAAAGCCGCUCAAGCAAAGAUAUUCAGGUUCAUGAGCAAAGCACUGCAGUCAGCACUCGACUGUAGUGAAAUUCUUGGCGUUCUUGGCUCGCUGUUGGCACAUCGCAAAUCGUAUUGUGCCUGUUUGAGUUUGUUCAUCAGUUUACACAAUCAAAUAUUCAUACAUAUAUACCACCUUUAGAGUGUGCACUCGAGCUAUCGAAGAAAACGAAACUGUGUCGCGAUUUUUUCGAUUCGUCAGGAGUUAGUCUUCACUGAAGAUCCUACGCGUUAAUACGAUACAUCUUUGUACGAGGUGCAUCGCUCCGUGACUUGUUCUAUUAUUGCCAUAGAGUCGUUGAAUGUCUUUCAAGAUGGAAAAACAAUAUUAGUUCCUGUACUAUACAGCUUCUGUGUUAUAUUAUUAAUACACUGCCAAGUGCAUUUUUGGACAGAUAAAAAUUCGAGGUAAGAGGCGCGGUCUACACACCCCCGUCUUCGGCCAAUCCGAACUCGAAUUUCACUUUCUCGCGUCUAUCUCGUGCGGAGUGUUCUACGCACAAUAAAUAGUUUCAAAAUAGGGUGUACAUUUUUAAAGUGCUACGCAUAACUGUUAAUUUGGAAAUUUCGUGAUAUAAUUGUGCCCUGUUAAGUUAACCAAGGCUGCACGUUUUUAUUUUGCUGGCUUUGUUCUGAGGUGGAAAGAUCGACACCCUUGUUUGCAUUUCACGUCCUUAUUAAAAUUGAGUUAUGGCAGAAGCCCACUCAGCUGUUGCAUUCAGUUUCGCAAUCACUCACGAAGGAUGGGAUGUGAACUUCGACAGAGAAGUCCUUCAUCUUGUAUGGGAGUCUGGUAUUCGCUCUUGGAAAAAAAGAUUUUUUAGAUUUAAGAAUAAUUUGAAAAGCGGCGUUUACCCCGCCUCAUUGAGAAGCUUAUGGUUCACAAUAUCACUAGUUACUGCCGUACACUUUGCUGGAUAUAAAGUGCCCUUCGACUUAGUUGGAAAAGUAUCACCAUAUCUUUCAGGAUCUUCCAUACCAGCACAUCUUGCUGGGUCGAUCGUAGUUGGAUUAUUGCUUUGGCUUGUAGUAAUCUACGGCAUUCGAUACACAUUAAAAUUGUUAUUUAUGUACAAAGGAUGGAUGUAUGAAUCGAGAGGGAAAGGAAGCAGCAUCUCUCGUCCAACUAUAAUAUGGUUUUACUUAGUCAAAUUAUUUUCCGGUUGGAACAAGCCAAUGUUGUACAGUUUCCAGGGUUCAUUACCUAGACUUCCACUACCAACCGUCGAUGAAACUAUGACUAGGUAUUUGCGGAGUGUGCGUCCCCUAUUGGAUGAUGAAAAUUAUAUACGCAUGGAGCGAUUGGCUAGUGAAUUCAAAAACGGAAUAGCCGUAAAACUUCAACGUUACUUGAUUCUUAAAUCGUGGUGGUCUUCAAACUAUGUCUCAGAUUGGUGGGAAGAAUACGUUUACUUACGAGGUCGCUCUGCGUUGAUGGUCAACUCAAAUUUUUACGGUAUUGACGCAAUCCUUAUGCAUCCUUCAAGAAUCCAGGCAGCUCGAGCGGCCGCUACAAUUCACUCUUGCCUGCAGUAUAGACGUCUCAUCGAGCGACAAGAAUUAGAACCAAUUCUGGUUCAAGGUCUCGUGCCCUUGUGCUCGUGGCAAUACGAAAGACUGUUCAACACGACAAGAAUACCGGGUAUUGACACAGAUAAACUAGUCCACUAUCAAGAUGCUAAACACAUCGUUGUUUACCACAAGGGCAGAUACUUUAAGUUGCUUAUCUACUAUAAGAAUAGGAUUCUUCAGGCCUGCGAAAUCGAACUACAAAUUCAGCAAAUUUUGGAAGAUCCGUCUUUACCAGCAGAAGGAGAGGAGAAAUUAGCUUCAUUGACCGCUGGUGAAAGGACACAUUGGGCUCAAACGAGACAAAGACACUUUUUUAAAGGCGUGAAUCGUGCUUCCUUGGAUCUUAUUGAGAAAGCUGCUUUUGUUGUAGCUCUCGAUGAUAUUCCUUAUGCAUUUGACAAGGAUCAUCCUGACCAACUGGACAAUUACGGUCGCAUUUUAUUACAUGGAAAAGGUUGCGACAGGUGGUUCGACAAGUCCUUUACUUUGUGUAUCGGCAGCAACGGAAGGAUUGGUUUCAAUGCUGAGCACUCGUGGGCCGAUGCACCUAUCAUGGGAACCUUAUGGGAAUACAAUCUCGGUACUGAAGUGGAAGCUGGAUACCGAGAAGAUGGACACACCUUGGGAACACCAGAAUUUGCUCCGCCAGCACCUUCGCGCCUACAGUGGGAUUUGAGUAAAGAGUGUCUCUCAGCAAUAGAAAAGUCCUAUUUAGAAGCGCAAAAGUUGUUAGAGGACGUGGAGUUGCGUAUCUACGUUCAUGAUCUCUAUGGAAAGGGUUUCAUGAAGAAUUGUUCCAUGUCACCGGACGCUUAUAUCCAAAUGGCACUACAGCUAGCCUACUUUCGAGAUGCUGGACAAUUCAGUCUUACAUACGAAGCUUCCAUGACUAGGCUAUUCAGGGAAGGUAGAACCGAGACUGUGCGACCUUGCACUGUGGAAUCCGCAGCGUGGGUCAGAGCCAUGGAAGAUGUAUCGUCGACGAUAGAUGAACGACACAGGUUAUUACUGGAAGCAGCAAAACAACAUCAGAAGGGUUAUCAGGAUGCGAUGUGUGGAAAGGGAAUAGACAGGCAUCUCUUCUGCCUGUAUGUAGUAUCAAAAUACUUAGAAGUUGACUCUCCUUUUUUGAAGGAGGUAUUGAGUGAGCCUUGGAAAUUGUCUACGUCUCAGACUCCUCACGGUCAAACGUCGAGAAUCGAUCUCAAAAGGUAUCCAAACUGCAUUUCCGCAGGUGGUGGAUUUGGACCUGUAGCUGACGACGGUUACGGAGUUUCUUACAUAAUCGCUGGAGAAGAUCUAAUAUUUUUCCAUAUUUCGAGCAAAUGCAGUUCACCGGCGACGGUAUGA